CCGAGGCCACCCUGUAUGUCCCUUCUGCCCCCAGGGGCCACCAAGGACAUGGGCAAGAUGCUGGGAGGGGAUGAGGAGAAGGACCCUGACGCAGCCAAGAAGGAGGAGGAGCGUCAGGAGGCCCUACGGCAGGAGGAGGAGGAACGCAAGGCCAAGUACGCCAAGAUGGAGGCUGAACGUGAGGCUAUGCGGCAGGGCAUCCGCGACAAGUAUGGCAUCAAGAAGAAGGAGGAGCGGGAGGCAGAAGCCCAGGCAGCCAUGGAGGCCAACGCAGAGGGCAGCCUGACACGGCCCAAGAAGGCCGUCCCUCCUGGCUGUGGGGAUGAGCCCGAGGACGAGGACCAGAGCAUCCUGGACACCGUCAUGAAGUACCUGCCUGGACCCCUGCAGGACAUGUUCAAGAAGUAGGGGCCCGGCCCCAUCCACCGCACUCAAGCCAUAGCCCAGCCCCGGCUCUGGGGACCCCGCCCCUGCGCCCUCCUCCCCCACCGACCCGGGCGCCCUCGCACCCUGUCCCCGCUCACCGACGCACCCCCACCCCACCACACUUGUCCUGUGGCCUCGGUGCCUCCUACCCGCCGCACAGCUGCGGGGCUGGGGUGGAGCAGAUAGCGCCCCCAUCACCUCCAGCUUGCGGCACCCCCAGCGGGAAGCCACAGGACCCAAGCAAUAGGCUGCAGCGUCUCAGCUCACCCCCACGAGUGCCCAGGCUGCGCCCCCACGCCCACCCUGCACCACGCGGGCCUCAGCCCCUGCCCCAGGCCACCCACCCCCGGCACCCACGCCCCGCCUUCCCAGCCCUCCUUCACCUCGGCCCCCAAUGCUCUGUCCUCCCCCAUCCUCCUGUCCCCCUGCCCACUUCCCCAUCCCCCCCUUCCUCCCGGGACCUCAGCCCGGGGCAGGAGCCAGGCCCAGCUGCCCUCUGUUCUCGUCAGUCGGAUCACAAUGUUGAAUCUCAGGUACUCGAGGUCUUCUGUGUUGAGUCCACCGGCAGCGGCCGCCCCUCGUCCAGCCCACGUCCAGUGUCGGCCGGGCGCGGCCGCCAGCUCUUAGAGAAGCCAUAUAGACGCACCCGCACCAGGAGCAUGCCCCCGCCUGCGCCCGUCCCGUCUGUCCGCCCCCAGCUCCGCCAGCCCUUGUGUCCGUCUGUCUGUGCGUGCGUCCCACGGCCCCAGUGCAUGUGGGCCGUACCCAGGGAUCACAGCCAAUAAACCUCCGUGAUUUCA